AGCUGUCCUUGACUGGUGUCAGGUGCAGUUCUGGGGGCAUUUUCUACGAUUUAACGUAGUGAAGCGAGUGCCUUCUGUAAUGCAGCUAUGUAACGUAGUGCACAACUAUUUUUUUUCCACGCAUUAGUAUGUUAUUGAUUUAUCUGACAUAGAAGUCACUUGGUACAAUGCCGCGUUGUCGUUGUUGCCUCUCAAAUACGAAAAGGAAAAAACGUAGCAUAGCUACGACUGCUACAUGCCAGUAGUAACUUUAAAUCGUUUGAUUCUAGUACCGUGGGCUGACUUUAUUGAGAUGUGAAUGCCAUCUACUAGGUGAAUUUUGUCCAUUCGAGUGGCACUGCGAUUAUAGUAAAGAAGACAAAAUAUACAAAUGUCUGCGUUAUAUGCAAUCUCGUUAGCUAGCCGAAUCUGGGCCUAGUUGGGUUGCAUUUGCAUGUCCCUCUUUUUCCUCGCGUGGUACUCUACCGUGACCGACAGAGUGGACAGUGCACAUUCUUUGUUUCGUUUUGUGCAGUGAUGUGUUGGCGCACUGCUGUUGCAAACGGAGAGUAAUUCUCAAGACUACAGUGCCAGUGGCCUUACAGAAGCAGACUUUGUGUCUGAGGGCAGUGAGAGACUCCAGCUAUGGAGGACAGCACUGGCCCGGGGCUGCCUCUAUCCCCUGGGCAAGAGGCCACCCAAGAGCCUGCUGAGAGCAGCUCGCAAGUAACAGUUACCGACAACAACAAUAAAACCGAGCAGGAAGGCCAAGAGGCUCAGGCAGGAGAUAAUGGUGGUGACGAGGAGAAGCUAGACGAGUCGCCCAGGAAACCAGCCGAGCCAGUAGCCACUCCUGCCAGCAGCGAAUUCAAGAAGACCUGGGGCUUCCGACGGACCACCAUCGCCAAGCGCGAGAUGCCGGGCGAAGCGGCGGCCUCCCCGGCCGAGGGGCCCGUGAGGCGCAGCGGGCGGCAGGCCAAGCGCACCGACAAGCUGGAGGAGUUCCUGCUCACGGCCAAGAGGGGCCGCGGCGGAGGCGGACGCCGAAGCGCCCCGGCCAACCUGGACGGCGGCGCCAGCCUCGGCGGCGACCCUCCGUCCCAGACCCCCACGGACGCGGAGACGGCCUCGGAGGCGAGCUUUGACGGGAGCGCCGAGGUCAAGGCGUCCGGCGGCAAGGCGGCCUCCCCGGAGAGGAAGAGGCGGAGGGUGGUGAGGAAAGGGGGCCGGCGGCGGCAGACGCGGAGCGCCAAAGCCAAGCAGGAGGAAGAGGCGGAGGAGGAAGGAGCCAGCGAAGACGAGCCGAGCUCCGAGGACGAGGCCGCAGACGCCGCACAGGACGCUCCCAAAGCCGUCGAGGAGGAGGAGGAGGAGGAGAAGGAGAAGGAGGAGAAGAAGCCGGAAGUCCCCAUCGACGCCGUCGAGGCUGCCGUGGCCCCGUCGCCAGACGAGCAGGCGGACUCUGAACCGACGGAGGUGAAGAAGGAGGAAGAGAAGACGGAAGAUGAGGAAGAGGAGGAGAGCAAGACGAAGACGGAGGACACUAGCAGUAGCCGCAGGCCCAGUAGGAAUCCAGCCAGAGCAUGCAAGGACUCCACUCCCUCCAAACGAGACGCCAAGGCCAAGGCUCGCAAAGGGGACGACGACGACGAUGACGAUGAUGUGUCGUCAUCUUCAUCGUCAUCGUCGUCGUCUUCAUCGUCUGAAGAUGGCGGCUCAAACGAUGAGGGAUAUGACCCAAAUGCUCUUUACUGCAUCUGCCGGCAGAAGCACAACAAGAGGUUCAUGAUCUGCUGCGACCGCUGCGAGGAGUGGUUCCACGGCGACUGCGUGGGCAUCACGGAGGCUCGCGGCCGGCUGAUGGAGCGCAACGGGGAGGACUACAUCUGCCCCAAGUGCAACGGCAGCAAAGCCCACACCCCGCGCUCCUCGGCCGCCCCGUCCUCCGUCACCGCCGAGAACGGUCGCCGGAGCGGCCCGCCGUUCAAGCGCGCCGAGCAGAGCCCGUCCGCCCCCAGCAGUCAGAUGGCGGAGGAGAAGGCAGGCGACGACCUGGGGAUCAAGGGCAGGAUCGAGAAGGCCACUAACCCCAGCGGGAAGAAGAAGAUCAAGAUUUUCCAGCCGCAGCAGGCCGUGGAGACGGCGUCCUCGAAUCUCCCAAAAUGCAUUGGGCCGGGCUGCGGGCGGAACGCGCUGCCGGACUCCGUGUACUGCGGCAACGACUGCAUCCUGAGACAUGCGGCAGCCGCCAUGAAGUCCAUCACCGACCCCAAGGAGCCCAAGCAGAAGGAGAAGGCCAAGGGGCAGGAGAAGAAGGCCAAGGGGCAAAAGAAGACGGGCGCAAAGCCCAGGCCGAAGAAGACCGGGAAGAAAGCAGGCGGGAAGUCCGCAGACGCGUCGGGCGAUGAGCGUGAGGCCGAAGAUGCCGGCAGCGACAGUGACGCAGCCAGCGGCGGUGACGACGAGGAAGACGAGAACGCCGAGGAGCACCCGCCGCCAGCCGCCAUGUCGUCCUGGUCCAGCGAUCAUAAUUACAAUGCCGUAACGCCAGAAAAGACUGCACCCCUUGCACCAUCUGUGUUAAACAAAUCGUCCACAGAAAAAGAAGAGAAGGCGAGCGAGGAGGAGCAGAGUGACAAGGAGCCCGUCCCCGCCGAGAAGAAGCCUGCCCCGCCCUCCGUCUCCCCCAAAGGGCAGAAGAAGUCCCCUGGCGCUAAAGGCGCCAAGCCUGGCCCCAAAGGCAAAGCAUCCGCCCCUCCACCCAGCACAGUCAACAAAGAGGCCAAAAAACAACCUCCGACCCCAAUCAAGCCUUCCAAGGCCAAGAAGCCGGGUCCGCCACCCCCGGCACUGCCCGCCCUCGCCCCUUCUGGUCCGCCCGGCUCCCGCCACCACGUCACCGGUGCUCUGCGCGUGGCCAAGAGCACGUUCGUCAUCCCCAAGAAGCAGCCUCAACAGCAGGGCCAGCAGAGGGAAAGUUCCAGUUCCGGAUCCGUUUCUGGUUCUGGUUCUGGUUCCGGUUCCGGGUCCACAUCGUCGUCCUCCGCCCCCAAGAGCUCCUCAUCGUCAUUCUCCUCUUCAUCCUCUUCUGCGCCCUCUAGCCAUCCUCCUGCGUCCAAGACGUCCCAUCCACCCUCGCCGGCAGCUCCACCUUCUGCACCCCCUAACAACCAGAUGAGGCAGAACAUCAGGCGCUCCCUCACAGAUAUCCUCUACAAAAGGGUAAGCGACAGUGAUGACUUGUCCAUGUCCGAGAGUGAGGUGGGGAAACUAGCCGUCUCCAUUGAGAAGGAGAUGUUCAACCUCUACAUGAACACCGACAGCAGAUACAAGAACAAGUACAGGUCGCUCAUGUUCAAUCUGAAGGACCCAAAGAACAAGGGACUGUUCUAUCGUGUGAUUGGUAAUGAGGUUAGCCCCUUCCGGCUGGUGAGACUCACAGCAGAGGAGCUGCUCUCCAGAGAGACCUCUGGCUGGAGAAGACCAGAACACACUGAGGAGUCCGGGAGGAGUCACUCGGGGUCGACCAAAUCAGGUCACAGGCAGGACACAGCGCCACCUGAUGUUGACAUGGAGGAGGCGCCGCCCAUGUCAGAUGGAGAUGUAUGUAUUCCUGCCGGCUCUGCGACAGCUCGCAUGGCUUCAGGGGCAGAACAGGAAGAGAGUCAUCCUCCUCCUGCCUCCACCCCAGCUUCCUCUUCUGCAGGGAAGGCCAGCAGCGCAAUGCCUGACAUCUUCAGCAAAAUGCUCAAGGACACCACAUCUGAACACAGGGCUCACCUAUUUGACCUCAACUGCAAGAUUUGCACUGGUCAGAGAUCUGCAGAUGAUGACCCCGUUUCCAAGAAGCCCAAGAUGUCCAUCCCCAAGAAGCCAGAGCCCGUCAAGGGCAAACCAGACCCACGCACCUCCAGACUACCCUCCUCAGAGGGCACAUUCACCCCCCUGGGUGGCAGCGAGGUGCCCAUCACCGAUUAUGCGAUGCCGAUGGAGGAUGUCAGCACCAGUAUGCAUGUGCCACCUGUUGCCCCAAUGCCAGUGGUCACCCCGGCCGUCUCGUCCGUGUCGAUUACCCGCAGGGACCCGCGCAUGGCGAGCCAUCGCUCUGCCAUCACUGUGACGCAGCCCAUGCCAGAAGUGGUUAUGCCUGUGCCUGUUAUGGCUGAGCCGGUAAUACCAGCAGUUCCAGAGGUCAAAGGGCCUCUUCCAAUGCCACCAGCACCCCCACCAUCAAUCCCCAGGUCCAUGCCCAAAGCGGCAGCUUCAAGUGCCGACACCCAAGGCCCUCCGGAAGGCGAAACGGCCAUCUUCCUGUCUGGACAGGAAAUGAUGUGGAAAGGGUUCAUCAACAUGCACACAGUGGCUAAGUUUGUCACAAAGGCUUACCUGGUCUCGGGCUCUUUUGAGCAUCUCAAGGAGGAUUUGCCAGACACCAUCCAUAUUGGAGGCAGAAUCUCCCCGCACACAGUUUGGGACUACGUGGGCAAACUAAAGACGUCCCUCUCGAAGGAGCUGUGUCUUAUCCGCUUCCAUCCCGCCACGGAAGAGGAAGAGGUGGCGUACGUGUCUCUCUUUUCUUAUUUCAGCAGCCGCAAGCGAUUUGGCGUGGUCGCAAACAACAACCGGCGCAUCAAAGACCUCUACCUCAUCCCGCUGAGUUCAAAGGACCCCCUGCCUUCCAAACUGUUACCCUUCGAUGGGCCAGGACUGGAGCCAGCUCGACCCAACCUUUUGCUAGGCCUUGUGAUUUGCCAGAAGGACAAGAAGAGAGCUGGUGCGCCGCUGGAAGGGGAGGAGAAGCGCUCCAAGACCACCAGGGACACUGAUGACGCCGGCCUGCCUAAGCUUUCGUCCAAGGCUGACGCGAAACAAGACAAAGCCUCCCGGCACAGCCUGGACGCCAUGAUCAGCACCACUCCCCCAGGCACCCCACCCCCACUGAGCAGCUCUGAGAUGGCCGCCAGCAAUGUCCUCUCUCUCCUCUCCUCCGUCAAAGCAGGAACGUCCAGCAGCGCCGGUGCUUCUACCGCUACAGGCAGAGACUCCCCGUCUGCGCCCGGUUCCUCUGCCACACCUCUCCAGACCAUCCUGAAGACGUUGUUUGGCAAGAAGAAGCAAGAUUCAGAGGCCUCCAUGUCUCCGUCAGACCCAUAUUCGACCGAAGUCUCCAUGUCCGCAGUGCCCCUGUUAGACCCAAUAGUCCAACAGUUUGGCCAGAAGAAAGAGAACGAUGAUGAUGAGUAUGAAGACGAUCGGCCUUAUGACCCUGAAGAAGAGUAUGACCCCAGUAUGGGCUACACAGCCGAGAAAGUUCCUUCGGCUGUUAAACACAAGGAGGUAGCAAAGCCUGCCGAAACCACUGGUAACUCAGAAGUGGAUGAUGUGGCCUACGACCCUGAGGACGACUCCAUCUUUGAUGAGGUGCGUGUUGAAGGCGGAGGCAGUGCCAAGGGGAUGCUAGACAGUCUAAAUAAACAGAUUGAAGAUCAAAAGCGUCAGCUGGAGGAGCAGGAGGCGUCAUUGCUCACCUCCGUUCCAGACUCACUGAUUUCCCAACCUGCAAAAUCAUUACUGUCAAGCAGCCAGUUGCUCCAGCUUGGUAAAAAAGUGGAGGAGCUCGUAGGAAAGCCGUCAACUGCUCCUGUCAUCAACCAAAGACGAGACCCUAGGCAGAGCAGGGACCCCAGGCAAGCAGCAGCAGGUCGAAGGUCAACCUCUGACUCUGUUGACAAAGAGGAGUCGCCCCCUCAGGUAUCUGUUCCGGUCCCUGUCCCUGUUACUGUUACUGAGGUGACCCCACCGCAGAUUUCUCCACGGGAGACGGAUACUGUACAGACACCAGUAGAGGAAGUCACGAAUGAAUCACUCCCUUUCCUCGACACUGACCGUAUAGAGGUAUCGAUUCCCUUACUGGGUGAGAAGAUCGAACCCGAAAUGGUAGAAGAUUACAUGCCUGCAGAGAAGAAGGCCGUGAUCUCCAGUGAGGUCAUUACCUCCGCGACCGACCCAGAGAACAGCUUUAGCGUCUGGCCAAAUUCUGCAAGCAUUUUGAAGGAGGUUAACGCCAGUUUAGAAAAAACAGCUGAAGUUACCUCUACUCAUUCGCCACCCAUAGCGUCUUCUGAGAGCAACCCUGUGCAGUCAAUCACCAGCCUGGCUAAUUUCUCUCAGGAUAUGAAUCAAGGCAGCUCAUCCAGCAUGGACACUCGCACACCACACAUGUCCCACAUGGCAAUUCCUACCACCCAUGCCGACUACAACAGAGGCCCACAGGAUGUUCCACCCCCCAUGUCCUUCCAACCUCCGGUUGGGCCCCCCCCAAUUCAUGGCAUGCCACCAAUGCAGGGACCGCCACCUAUUCAAGUGCCCCUACCCAUGCAUGGUCCUCCAGCGAUGCAGGGCCCUCCAUCAAUGCAAGGCCCACAUCCCACAAUGGGAGGUCCACCUCCAAUGCAAGUGCCCCCACCCAUGCAAGGUCCUCCCCCUGUGCAGGGCGAUGGAUAUCCACCUUUCUCCAACCAGUGGGGAGGUUCGCAACAGCAAUUUGACGGCCCCAGAGGUCCGCCACCACAAGCUAUGAUGGCUCCAAGAGGUCCCCCACCUCCGUUCCCACCCCCUGUUGGCCCAAGGGGUCCCCCUCACCAGAUGUUUGACAGCAAUAUACCUCCACAUCACAUGGGGCCUAGAGGGCCACCCCCUGGUCAGUUUAUGGAAGGCCAUGCCCCUCCUCCUCCCUUCGAUGGGCAGAAUGGGAUGAUGCCACCCCGGUUCGGUGGUCCCCCACCACCUCCAUUCAACUUCUCCGGACCCAGAGGGCCUCCGCUGCCAUUUGCUGGCCCUCCACCUGUUCACUUUGAGAACCGAGCGCCACCUCCAGCCCACUUCAGUGGCCCACGAGGCCCACCACCCCCUCACCACAUUGGCAGUGACCACAGCUCCUCUAACGCGAUGAGGGAUAUGCCAAGAGGCCCAGGCGACCAGUAUGACAAUGACGGUGGGUCCUACCAGUCGGGUAUGGACCAGCACCAAGGCCAACCACCCCCAUACCGAGAAAACCAAGCCCCCUCUCAAGGCCCUCCGUAUAGAGGACCCCCACCAAAUGCAUACGAUGGACGCAGAGGUCCUCCUCCUGCCGGCGAGGGACCAGGCCAACGAUUCCCCCCUCCAGGCCAGUUUCGGGGUUCCCGAGCCCCCUCGCCGCCCCGAAGGGGAUCUUUCGAAGACCAAAGGGGCCCUCCUCAAGACUUCCCAGGCCACAGGGGUCCAGCGCCACAGUUUGGUGGGCCUAGAGGUGCAAGCCCAGCCAUGCACUUUCCACCAGAGGGCGGCAGUUCAGGAGGUCCACCAAGGUACCACUUCGACAACAGCUCCAGCGACAUAAGACCAGUCAGACACACAGGACCUCUGCUGCCUACUCCUCCCGAGGGCCCUAUUCCGCUACCGGGUCGCAUGGGAGGGCAUAGCCCGGAGCCCCACAGGGACGACCACUGGCGCAGGCACUCGCCAGAACUCAGGAGAAGGAGCAGCUCCACCCGGGACGACUCCGAGCCGCGAGAGAGGCCCGGCAGAGAGCCCAGAUUCGAAGGUGGCCACCGUGAGCGGCUAUCUGAAGAGAGGCAGCGGGAUCUCUCUGAAGACCGCAGGAGAGAGCGGGAGAGGGAGGGUCCCAACGCAGGCAGGCCGUGGGACAGGAGCCAAGGCCCCAAGCGCUGGAGCCGAGAGCGAGAGUGGGAUCGCGGGAGAGAGAGACCGGGACCGGGAGAGCGGGAGAGGGACCGGAGCAGAGAGAGAGGACGGGAAGGAGAGAGGCACAAGGAACCGGAAAGAGAUGCAGACAAGAGGAGGGAGCGUGACAAGGAGAGAGAAAGAGAGGGACCGAGAGAGGGACCGAGAGAGCGCGAAAGGGAGCGGGAGAGAGGCAGAGAGCGAGAGCCUGAACGCAGGGAGCACGACCGAGACCGGGUCAAAAACAGAGACCGGGAGCGAGAACGGGACCGAGAUAGGGAUCGCGAGCGCGACCGUGAACGGGACCGGCGGCGAGAACGGUCACGGAGCAGAGAGAGAGAUCGGGGGAAGGACCGUGACCGAGGAAAAGAGCGCGAACGAGACCGUGACCGGGACAGAGAGAGAGACAGGGACAAAGACAGAGAUAGACGAGAGAGAAGCAAAAGCAAGGAGCGUAGAGAUGACAAGAAAGAAGUCAGAUCUGAAGCUUCAAAGGACACUGAAAAAUCUGCAGAGCCUGAGACUGUUUCUGAUAAAGGCUCAUCGUGAUUGUCUUGUUUAUCUUUAUACUGGAUCCUUGUUUGCUCUGUCCCACUGACACAUUUCUAAUUUCAGAACACAUAAGUGAACUGCAUAUUUCCUUUUUUUUGACAAGAAAAGGUACUCUUGUUGCUCUUUUGUAUUUACUUUUGCCUCCUCGCUUACGUUUUAUGCUUUUAUCUCUUUCUAAGUCAUCUUGUCAUCCAAGUUCUGGUGCUCUGUAAGGACACUGAUACCAUGUUGUACUUUACUGCUGUUUCGGUAACCCUUUUAAAAUCAAUAUGAAGUCAUUCAACAUGAUAAAUCUGGUGUAAAUAUGUAUGUAUAUGUAUAUACAGCUGUUUUUAAUUCUCGUUUUUCUAUAGAGAAAGAAGCCAUAUAGCAUUUAUGGGUGUACACAAGACAGAUGUAGUUGCCCUCAUCAAAGGUCAUUUGUAUGCUUGUCUUUCUGCAUUUACACUCUGAAUGGAUGCAUCAUUACAAUACUGUCAAUUAAUUCUACACUUUGUUCACAGCUGGGCAAUUAAAGCAUACUUCAAGACUUGCA